AUGGUGUGCGAGGCCGCGCAAAUACAUCAGGUCGAAGGAUCUCACAAUCUUGAUUUCAGAAAAACGCACUGGUUCUCCUUUUGCGAUAUACUGCUCCUACAAAUUAAAUGUCUAGCUCUCGUAGUCAAUGCACUUUUGGCCGUCUUUGCCCUGAUCACCGCUACCCUGGCGAGCUUCUGGUGUGAGACCAUCAAGUUCAUCCCAAGUAGUAGACGUAGACUUUCGAUACCUUCUUUGCACUUCGGACUAUGGUCUGUACGAUCAACAACGAUAGACAAUCUUGGGAUUGCAGGAAACGUCCGUAUCGUGGUACGGAACACUUGUGUCAGCUAUCCUAGUUUGCUAAACAUCGAUUCAAGCUGGAAGGCAGCUCGUGCCUUUUCCGUCGUGGCCUUGAUUCUUGGUUGUGUAGUCACGCUUACUUUGGUUGUUCUGUCGUGCAUUUCCUCCGACUUUACAAAACGGAGCUGGAGCCUCCUAGUCGUGCUUUGUUUGGUUAUUCUUCCAUUGUUUCAAGGAUUGACAUUUUUAAUAUUGCAGUCCAACGCUUGUCGUGACAAUGCAGUAGUUACAAGCAUUGGAAUUUUACAAGGAGUAUCUUCAUAUUCCGAUGAAUGUGAUUGGGAUGCCGGCAGUUCGGCCAACGUUGCCGCCGUUGUUCUUUGGUUCGCUGCCGGAAUGGUAAUGCUCACGUUGGGCCCCCCGGAACGCGAUGAACGUUCGUCCAGCCGAACCCAAGAAGUUAAAAACAAUAACACAGGCGCGGCAGCUAUGACCGAAGCAGACGGCGCCAUUGGUGGCUCGGAAAUCCCGAAUUUGAACGUCUAAUGGAAUAAGGAAGCAAUGGAUCCAUU